AUGGCGCCCUCAGAGACCUCCAUUCUAAGCAAUUUUCUGCUGGCUCCAGCUUCUCUGCCAACAGUGAUGUCCCUGCAACAGUUUACAGAGCUGUUUCCAAAGCGCCUGCGGUCUCACCCCCAUAUUAGGGUUCUUUACCGAGAGCUGCAGCAGCUCCGAGAGCAAGAUAUGGAUAUUGUCAAUGAGAACAUUGACAAAGAAGUCCAGGAGGGAGACAGCCAGAAAGCGGAACUCCGCAAAUUUAUGAAUAAAACAGGCAUUGAAGAUGUCAAUGCACAUGACCAACGAGAAAUGGAUAUGGAUGUUCAAUAUUUCGGCCCUACAUAUGUCGCCUCCGAUGAGUAUCACUCGGUUUCAAGUCUCCUAUCUGCAAUGGAAACCGCAUGUGCUAGUAUAGAGCAAGAAAUAGCGGGAAUUGACAAAGAUGGGGCAUCUCUCUUAUCGGAGCUCAACUCUACUGUCGGCGAAAUGAGCGAUUUACGCUAUGGGAAAAUGAGCGGGCCUGCCGGAACCACGGACGACGUUGUCAAUGAGGCUAUUAGGGGCUUAAAAACUCUCGAAAAUUCUUUCCCUCUUCAUCCCCGCGCGUCCGCGUCCCCUGUCGGCGCUUCUCCUCUCCACAACCCUCUCCCUCAACUCCUGCGGACUCCAUCAGGCCUCGCGCUCCUCGAACUCCAGGGAACAAUUAAUGUUCCGUCACAAGAAAUUCCAGCGAUUGAAGAUGAAUUUGCAGUGGCCUCUGAGAAUACUCACGGUCCGAAUGCCACCACAUCCGAGACUCCAGUCGGCAAACUCAUUUUCCCCGACUACUCCCCGCAAACCCCAGACGACACAAAAUGGAUGAAGAGAGCAUAUCUAUACGUUGGAAGAUACCAGCGAAUGACUGGAGAAGUCAAAAAGCUUCCAAAGCCUCUUGCUAUCAUUCAGAAGCGACAGAAACAACCGGGAUCGAAAGCAGGCGACGAGCUAGAAAUCGUCGAGAUCGUCAAAUAUAAGAUUUAUUUCAAGAAUCGGCCUGAACCAGUGAAUGACGUUUAA